AGGCAGACUCCGCGUAUCUGGGCUCGCUCUACAUGCCUGCCGGUGCGGCACGAGGGAGGCACAGAUGAUGCUAGAUGGAGACUGACGCCUGGCAGUUUUUCUGUGCUGCUACUCUGGAGUAUAUGAUUCAGCGACGUGCUACGUCGGUUUAAUAUUGUUCACUAUCAUUCAUACUUAUUAGUUAUCCAGCGCUUUCCCAGAAAACAGUCAGCAGCAUCUUUAGAAAAUCACUCGUCCAUGUCAUUCGGUGACUCGGCUUGGAACCUCCCACUAGGGAUACGGACUAUUUAUACCGCGUGCAGCAUCCCGAGCCUUCUAGAGAUACGCGAAUCUGAAAAAAAAAAACCGAAAUAAUCUGAAGAUUUUUCGCUUGGAGGUAAGAAAAUAACUACAGAAACGUCUUUAUUACCAUUCCGAACAGUAGCAUGCGACUGUAGAUAUGUGACCUAAAUUAUGCCAGACUAAUAUCAAACAUAUUCGCUUCAGAUAAAGCAUUUCGUUUUGACACGCAUUUUAGUCUGCUUAAAGUUACAGCCAGUGUUGUCAUUUUAUCUCUACCUGAAAUGUUUUUCUACAACGGAAGAUUAAAACAACUACCAUUCCUGUGCCGUUAACAUUUUGCCCCAGUAAGAUGUUUGAUACUCAGACUUGUGCAUGAAUAGACAUAGGCCAUAAAGACAAAAACAGAGACUAUGUAGCCUAUACUUUUUGGACAGGCAUGUUACGAGAUUUAUAUUCAGAGCAAGUAACAUAGAAACAUUGUCACUCCAUUAGUUAAUAUCUAAAAUGAGUGUUGUCCGAAUACUGUUCAAACUGUUUUAAAGGGUAUUUGCCAGUAUUUUCAGUGUGCAUCUAUUAUUUUGGGGGCGCAUAAACUUAAAUGCAACAUGCAUACACACAUGCUUUCACAGACACAUGCACGCAUAUGUACAUACUGACAUACAAUCCAGUCUGAUCCUUAAAGUCACUUUGUCUAGUAACACACACAGACAUGACACUAGCUGUACAACUCUCUUCACACUUUUAAUGUACUUUGACACAGUUAUGAGAUGCUUAUAAUGAAUGAUGCCAUGUCUGAUGUUUUGGUUUCCCAUCAUAUGAUACCAGAUAUUGGUAUGAAGAGGGUUUUAAGAAUUUAAACAACUUGAAUGUGGAGAUUUGAAUUUCUAACGUCAAUGAAAGAGGAACUGUUUGUUCACAAAACAGCAGCAUGCAAUACUGUUGAUUUUACUUAUUAAUCAACAGUUUAAUGCAGCUUCAAAAUUGGUAUUGGCACUGACUUUGUUAAAUAUAUAAGGAAUAAUGUACAGUCAGCCAGUCAUUAUAUAACUGAAAAAAUACUGAAAAGAUCAGAACAUGAGCACAACAUUUGGUUUUAUGGAUGAGUUGUCAAUUAUACUGUUUUUCCCUGGACAGCAGUCAUUAAUUAGAAAUAUCCGACCGCUGAAUUUUUUGACUGACCAGUCAGAAUCAAGUAUUCUAGAGAGCGGUGCAAUACAUGUUAUGAGGAUUGAGUCUUUUUUGAAAACAGAGACAAAUGAGUGUGGAAAAACAAGGGGUUGGUCAGACCAUGUGAGUACCCCUUGUGAAUGUGGUCAGGAGACUGUUAAAUGGGGCAGUGGGGUGGAAAUGCCAGUUCCAAACCCUGCCAAUGCUCCCCUCCGCCCCUUACACACCCCUGUCCCGCCAUCCUCACCCCCGGUUAUGCCUGGAAUCCCGCGCACUCUCUCUGAAAAGAGUAAACAACAAGGGUCAAAGAAAAACAGGUUGUGACGGGUGGCUGCGAUGUGCCGACUGUCAGCAUGCCAAGCCCACUUUUUUGAAAAACAUAAACGCGGGCAGCAUGGAUUACAGGCCAAACUGAGGUGUAAUCAGGGGGGAUUUACACCCGUCAGGUCGAGACAAUGAGUGUGCUCAGAUAACAGUGCCUCACUCCAUAAAACUGAUUAUGAUUUGCUUUUGUCAGGAAGCAGUGGCAGAGCUAAUGCUAGCAUUAGCUCAGCAGGGUAAAGUGUUCGAGCAAGGCCAUCUUUGUGUACAUAGUUGGUGACAUUUUUGUUAUUAGAACUUUUUUGCACAUGAGAUAUGACAAGUGGGGAGAAGUUGCUGUUAGUUUGGUUCUAUGGUUAAAAACUUUCAUACAUUUUAAGCUCUCGUGUGGAAAAAAAUAGCUUGUAAAUGCUAGUAAAUAUGCAACACAUCAAAAUAAAACUCUAAAAUUGCAUCAGCAAUCACUAAAGCUUAAAACAAAAACAACAAUAGACAAGACACAAGAUUUAGAAUAGAAUUUGCAGGCUAUCACAAGUUGGUUACCAUGUAUUUGUUGAGUAUUAAUCAAUUUCAAAUAUUCAGUGCGAGUAAUAAUAUGCAAACAUCACAACACCAAAAGGUAAUAUUUUAAAGUGGAACAUUUUUUAUACAAAGGCAGUUUUAGCAAAUAUCCACAUUUAUACUACGGGGCUGUUGAAUGCUUGAAUCUGAUUGGUUGAUGAAAGUUUUAAGGUGUGCAAUUAUUUUCAGGGAAACGCACGGCUAAAGUAGUUCCAGUCUUGACACGCACACACAGCCUACAGUACGGACACACACUCACACAGAAACAUGUUGACAGCGCUGCUCUGACGAAUUUAUCAGUAAAAUAGUUUAACAACUAUAACAGCUACAUGACAUUUCUCACUAGCGAGGUAAUAAUGGUGCUGUUCUUGGAGCAGAUAAACUUACAGUUUUGCUAUUAGUGGAGACGCUGCUGGCGAACACUGUUGAGAGACACAGGUAAUUGCAUACGCUUAAUCUCACUCUCUCUCUUUCUCUCUAACUGCAUUAUUCUGCUAUCAAUGGCUAAAGCCUCCGUUACUAGCUCAGAAAUGAUGUUUUGGAAUAAGCAACGGAGCCUUGGGAUUAGAUGCUUAAGAAAUUAGUCCUACACACAAGCAUUUUAAGGACAGAAACUUGACAAAUGUCUUGAAAUACAACAACUGAACAAUGUUUUGAGAUGUGGUAACCGUAGUAUAAGUGGAAUAAUUGACUCCGGGCUGUUGAAUUAUUGAAAAAUAAUGAAAACUCCGCUUAGCAUUGUGGCGGCAUCACCACCUCGGUUGUGCAUUAUUUUUCUAAUAAUUCAACAAUCCGUCGUCAAUUAUUUCUUACAUAUGGCAUUACUGUAAUAUGCUGAGAUGUUGCAGUCAGGGUUAAUUUUAUGUUGAUUGACAAAUGUCUUUUGUGUUCAUUAGUGCCAGCUCUAAUUCUGGCUGCCACUAUGCCUCUGCUGGAAGAAAGUUCCGUGCCGAGGGACUGUACUCGAACUGUGCCAGUAGUCAUCAUUGGUAAUGGCCCUUCCGGUAUAUGCUUGUCAUACCUUCUGAAUGGGUAUACUCCUUAUUUAGAUCCCAUGGCUGUGCACCCAAACCCCAUCCUCUUUCGUAAACUACAGGAAGCCAAGCAUCUUCCCAUCACUGAACAGGAUUUAGAAUAUCUUUGCGAAGGUUUAGAGGGGCGUUCAGGGAACCCUGUGGCAGUGCUCUUUGACACACUCCUCCAUCCAAAUGCAGAUAUGGGCUUUGAGUUCCCCUCUGUACUGCAGUGGAGGCUGGAAAAAAAACAUCACAUUCCUCAUCUGGUCUUGGGCAAAGCUACACCUGGAGGUGCAUGGCACGCAAUGGAAGGAUCGAUGCUGACUAUUAGUCUUGGUAUAUGGAUGGAGUUACCAGGAGUCAACUACAGAGAUUUGACUCCAGGCAAAAGGAGGGUAGUGUCCAAUGAUCGAGCCACUCCAGAUGAGAUCUCCUCCUACUACAAAAAUUAUGUCAAGCUCAUGGGUCUCCAAAAGAACUUUGUGGACAAUACCUAUGUCACCUCUGUUCAAAAACUUCACCGCAGUCAUGAAAACAGUCUUGGGAAUGAAAAGGACACUAUAAAUGGUCAAUUGAAUGGGGUGAAAAAUGGGUUUGAUUAUUGCAAUAAGAACAGCACAGAGAACGAUCAGAAUGGAGUGGUAAAUGGGUUUAGUAAUGAGUUACAAAAUGGAAUGGAGACUAGCAGUAGAAGGGGAGAGAUUGGGGAGGAAGAUGAUAAAAGAGGCAAAGAAGAAGUGAAAGAGACAACUGGGGUGUCCCAAGGGCUUUCACAGGGACUCUGGGAGGUCAGGGGCUACCAACAGUUCCAAGGUGACACUCAUGUCCCUUUUAGCUUAUUUGCAGAGAAUGUAGUCUUGGCAACAGGGGCAUCUGACUCUCCAGCUCGAUUGGGAGUAGAGGGGGAGGAUCUCCCUUAUGUGUUUCACAGUGUGCGUGACCUUGGGGUGGCUGUAAGCUGUCACGGCAUGGGUUCUUCCUCUGACCCUGUGCUGGUAGUGGGGGCGGGGCUUAGCGCAGCCGAUGCAGUGCUGUGUGCCCUGAACCAUAGUGUCCCCGUGUUGCAUGCAUUCCGAAAGCGUGCGGAUGACCCAGGUCUCAUCUUCAAACAGUUGCCAAAGACACUUUACCCUGAAUAUCACAGGGUCUACCACAUGAUGUGUUCCCAAGUUUACCCAGCAUCCCCUGUUGCCAAUCCAACAGCUCCUAGUUCAUCUUUGUUCCCAGACUACACCAGCUUCCCUGAGCACUGUGUGCUCUCCUUCCAGCCUGACAUGCACUGUGUGAUGAAGGGGUCCAAUGGUGUCCUCAGAGUCUUCAAAGUCUCUAUGGUGCUAGUUCUGAUCGGAGCCUAUCCCAACUUGUUUUUCUUAAAGGAGCAAGGGCAGUACCUUGGCUUGGAUCCCAGUAGGCCAAUCUCCUGCAGACAGAAUCCUGUCGACAUAAACCCUUACACGUUUGAGUGCAAUGGUGAGCCUGGGCUCUUUGCCAUGGGACCCCUUGUUGGUGACAACUUUGUACGCUUCUUGAAGGGUGGCGCUCUUGGCAUUGCUAGCUGUUUGCUCAAGAGACUGAAACAGAGGAUGAAGAAAAACAGGAAACUGAUUGCAGAGGAAGGCGGGUGUGGAGGACGGGGAAGAGAAGGAAGUGGGGGCGGAAGAAGAGGAUUUGUCUAAGGCUCCAAGAAAAGGUGUUUCAUGCCAGUAGUCAUCAUGGGAUACAUUUCAUCUUUAUAUGUAUGCAGUGAAUACUAAGGAAACUUAAACUUUCCAACCACUUAUAAGAGAAAGUACAUUUAUAAAAAUGAGCAGAAGCAAGGAAAACUACUCUCUUCCCAAUGGAGUCUUGUGUUGACUGUCUUACAAAAGACAUUUUUGCUGGUCAGAAAUAAUGUGCCAAAAUGUCAAUGUUAUUUAAAGUCUAGAUGGAGUAUGCUUUACCUCUUGUUGCUGUUAGUUGCCUUGUUAUUUGUAAUUAGUUAUCUGAUCUUGCAUUACAUUAUAGAUUGCAUAUCUCUCAGUCAUGAUCGAAGUGCCUACAGGGCUGUUCACACUGACAACGAUUUGUAGCGGCAAAGCAAUUGAACAUCAUUCAUAGUUGGCAUCAGAGACUGUUGCUGUUGAGAAGUGACAAGGUUGAACAGAGCGAAGAGAUGCAACUUGAGUUGGACAUAGAGGCAGAGUAGGAAUGCCUACUAGACACCAAAGGCUCAGAGACUCAGCGAUCUUCAGUGAUUUAAUUACUGUCAGUGUGAAUGCAGUAUAAGUCAAGGAGGCCUACACUAAGCUGUAAAGGAAAGUAAUACCUGAAGAGCAGAUGAAUUAAGCGGAAGGCCUUAUUCCUAAAGAUUAUAUUGUAGACUGCACUAGCAAUUUUUUGCAGUGAAAUACCAGUUAACGCACAGUUUAUGCAUAUAAAUAUGCACACAAUUUCAAAAUCCUUGAUGACGUAAUGAGCUAAUGCAUUACUUUGCCUAAUAAUUAAUGAUGCACAAACAUAGCCUUACCCCAAAUUAUUUGUUAAAUCGGUCCAUUUGGAUAAAUAUUCUAAUAUUAUAGCACUUUAAACAUAAAAAUAAGAAACUUUUGCCCAGUGCAUCACUGCAAUCCAAUCCUGCAUAACAGGCUCCUAAGAUAACUGUAAGCUGUAGAUUGUGUGAUGACGUCAAAGAGCUAAUGUAUUGGGUCACUACAGCAACAGAGUCACAAGUUCAUGGUCUAGACAAGUUUGGUCUUCAGAAGGAUUACUGUUAAAAGAAGAAAAUUUGGAGUCCAUAUUGUAAGACCUGGACUGUGUGUAUGUUUUCUAUCAGUCAUCAUCCAAACCAACCCUACUCUUUUACUGUAACCUAAAACAAGUGCCAAACCUACAGUACAUUGUAAUUUAUAGUAACCAUGGUGUUUGUCAGUCCCUAUGGUAAUUUGUAAGUAAAAUUAUCAGAGAAUUCAGAUUAAUACAAUGUGAGAUGAUUUUGAGAUUUGCAACAGGUUUUGACUCCUCAAUAAGGUAUUUCACAGCACUGAAUAGUGAAAUGUUUUACUUCAUUCUUAUCUAUAGUGCCAAAUAAAUGUUAUAUUGCUUUGAAAUAAUAAAUAACUUAUGAAGCAUUGAGUUUUCACCUCAGCCAUUCAAUACUGUAAGUUUAGAUUGCUGAGGAAAUCUUUGUGUGGAGUGACAGUUUAGACAGCAGAUAUCAUCAAAAGACAUGAUGGUACACUUGAAGAAACCAAAAGCUUAAGACAAAUCUGAGCUGUAAGAAAGAAGAGAGUCCUUUAAUUCAGUGCAGAAUGGUUGAAGCUGCUUCACAAGGUGAUGUAAUGUUAGUGUGGAGGUGAAAUAUGACUGCUCAAUUUUGUAAAACUUCAACUUUUAUUACAUAUAAGUUUUGUACACAGUAUUUUUUAUUAUAGACAAAUAAAUCUCUUAUAAAAA